CAGCAAAACAAGCCAACUCUUCAUCGAGUGUGCCACCAGUGUUCAUCGCUUUUCCUUCACUUGCAGCAUUGCCAGCCAGUCCGUUGUAUCAUAUCACGACAGCGCAUGACGUCUACGGCCGAUCUGCAAAAUACCCAGCCACCUGCUUUUUCCCUCACUGCAACCUGAGCUAACAAAUGUUUUGAAUCCUUUUCGAGCGAACAACACAUCACGCCGAGAGACCCCGGACAGGUCGACAUAAUAUCGCAGCAAAAUUAUCCUCGCCACGACGCAACCCAGUCUGCGAGGUGGACAUCAAAUAUGUGGAGCAAACUCACGGGGAGGAGCAGCGACACCGCGUCGCAGAGCGGUGAUAGGCGCCGCAGUACCAAGGGCGAAUCUUCAUCGCGCAGCAGCAGACGUGCCGAGUCGGUUGUUUCUUCUUCUUCUACCGCCAGACGAAGCGAACGCGACAGAGAGGACGAUCGAGACAGAAAGCGACGUUCCACGUUAAGCAGGCAAAGCACCUACCCACCACCAGAAUCGGUUGCAAGUUCGUACGCAACUGCACCCACCAGCGCACGUGGCGAUCGCGAUGAAAGAACAGCGCGGCGUAGCGCUACUUUGCCUAAUAUUGAUGAUGCUGCCUCUUCGUAUUCGUACGAGAAUGCAAUGAGCUGGGGGAGACGUGAGACAGAGAGAGGCAUGGCCAGCGACCGUGAGGAGAGGCGAAGGCCGGAGAAGGAGAGUGACCGUGAUCGGGAGGAGAGGAGACGAGAGAGACGUGAGAAAAGAGAGAAGGAUGCAGAACGAAGAGAUGGGAAGAAACGAGACAGCGAGAACACCUCAGCUAGAGGCUUUGAUGACGAUGGCUCGCGUGCAGGAGAAGGCAGCAUACCCGGUGCUUUUCCAGAUUCCUCAAAUGGCACCAGCACGCCGCUCAGGCCGCAACCUCAAUACAGUACAAGUGACCCCCACAUCGCCCAUCAGUUCCCCGGUCAGAUGAUGGACAAUCCCUAUGGUGCGGCUGCUGAUUUCUACGGGGACCAAGGACAGUCCGUGGCCUUCCAGCCAGGUGUGCGACCGGAGCCCCCGUUGGUGAAUAGUCAGCCUCAUUUGAUGGCAGCGACUGCGCAGCCCACACCUGCUCUGGACACUGGUCAUGGCUCCGCAGCGGACUACUUUGCAGGGACGAUGUCGGGUGGCGAAAUGUCAUCUGCGAAGCCGUCCAAGCCUGCCCAGACUUCAUCUUCCAAACCAGCCAAGUCGAGUUCGAAACCAAGCAGCAACUCUAAGAUGUCUGGGAGCGGAAAGAUUUCUGCACCAGCAGCAUCCGCGGUUGGCGGAGCAGCUCUCGGUUACACCCUUGGCUCUGCAGCGCAAGACUCAAGCUCAUCACUCUACGUUCACGGUGCCCAGGAGUCGUCGAGUAAUUCAUUCCAGCAGUCAGUCAGCCCAGCGGUCUCACAAGGUGGUCAAGGCCAUUCGCUUUCUGUCCAUGCACCAAGCACAUAUGGGGUGGAUGGAAACUCACCCAAUACUUCUCCUCGAGUGUCUCCGUCGCACUCACCAUCCCGGCCAUCGAAAUCCAAUUUUGGAAAAUAUGCAGCGGCCGCCGGAAUUGCGGCGGGCGCAUAUGCGCUCCACAACCACCACAAUCAUGCGCAUCAUCAGCACUCUUCUACAGGCCCUGCCAGCUAUAACGGCAACAAUGGGUAUGGCGCAACAGGACAUAGUCCUUAUAAUAGUGGACAUAAUGGAUACGGCAACAUGGCCUUUGAACAGAAGCGCCAAGGUCCAGUCUCGAAAUUCGUAGAUUGGUGGAAAGAUUAUGAGGAUGUGCGAAAAAUGGAAGAAUAUACUGAAUACAUCGGUGUGUGCAGAGGUUGCUUCGAUCCGAAUUCCUCUAUUUAUGAUGCACCACGCCGGCAUAAUUAUCGAAAGCGCAAAUCAUCAGACUCGCUGAGAGAGCGUCGAUCUGGCGAGUAUGCUGCCAGUGGUCGUGUCAGCAAGGAUUCACGGUACUAUCGUUAUAGCUCCGACGAAGAGAAACGACGCAAGACUAGUAAAGGUGGCUGGCUCGCCGCCGGACUUGGUGCUUAUGGCAUUGCGAAAGCUGGAAAAGCAGUUCUCGGCAGAAAUGGCGAUUUCGAGGACACCUACAGCAUAAAGUCGGGGCGGAAGGCAAGAUCUUAUGAUCGAAGCCGCAGCCGCAGUUCGUCUCGUAGUCGGAGGAGCUCUCAUGGAGUCGUCCGAAUGGGAGAAAAUUCGAUUAAGCGGAGCCGGUAUUCUGACUCCGCAUCUGUUGGCCGUGUCGACGUUAUUGCGGAUAGCAAGGGUGAGUAUCGCGUCGAGCGUCGACGCAGCAAGAAGACACGGUCGCGAUCUUCCUCACGAGAACGGAAAACAGGACUUUUAGGCAUGGCUGCUGGUGCAGCGCUCGCUGGCAGUGCGAUUGCUGCCCAUGAUCGGAGGAAGCAUCGUAGCCGCUCAAGUUCUCCAAACAAAGAGUACAGACUCGAGCGUAGACGGCGCGGCAGCCAUGAGAGUGUUUCCGUGUAUGGAAAGAGUGGUUCUCGACACCGUGGCUCUAGGAAUUCGUUCGGUUCCUCGCGCGAAGACCUCGCGUCUGCUGGUGGUUUCUUUGGAAGCAUCUUCGGUGGUAGCAACGAUCGGCGACGGCGAAUAUCUCCCAGACGCAAACGGAAGACCGGCUUCUUUACGUUCGGUAAUGGCUCAUCCUCUUCAGAUCUUGGCCUUGCCUAUGGUGCCGACGUUCGCCGGAGCAGCCGCUCUUCGCGCACAUCACUAGACAAGCAGAAAAAGGUGAAGAAGAAGAGCUCUGAUGAGAGGAUCAAUGCUACUAUAUUGGGAAUCGGUGCAACUGCAGCUGCAUUGGCUGCUGCUCAACAUGGCAGGAACAAGCGUGGCAGCAAGCACGACCUAAUCGCUGUCAAAGAGCGCGGAGAGAGAACACGCGGCGCACUCGUCUCACGUCCCUCCGAAACAGUGACUCAUUCUGACACCGAUGACGAGGGAGUUUGGGAAGAUGAACCAGAUGAUUCAAGCGAGUUCUCAGACAGUGGUUUAGCUUACGGUGACUUCCGUGCACGAAAGAGCACUGAUUCGCUGGCCUCAAAUGAUUCGGGUACCUGGAAGUGGGGCUGGCGAUGGGGCACCAAGAAGACGAAGAAGAAGACGACAUCCAACGAUAGUCUAGGUGCUAUCGCUGGAGCUGCAGCUGCAGGAGCUGUCGCAGGCCACGUGAUUGGGAAGAAUGACGAUGCAAUGUCCAGCCUUAGUAGUCAGCCUAGCAUGCAGUCCGUUUACCCUGUGCAAAGCAACGAUCCGACGCGAUAUGACGCCGUCGGCAGACGUACAGAACCACGCCCGGUCUACACAAGCCGACCAGAGAGCCUACCAAUGAACCAGCCUCAGCCCAUCAUGCCAGUCAAUGGUGCUGUGUACUCUGCUGCUUCGGUGUACAGUGCACCUACGGGCCCCCCUGUUGACUUUUCUACAUCAACUCCGAGGCGAGUGUUAAGAGACAAGCAAAGACCGUUCUCUUACAGUGCCGCUGAUACUCAUGUCCGUGCGGACGAUGAGAAGGCCCCAGAACUCCCUGUGAGGCGGAGGCGCGCUUCCUCUCCGGUACCCACCUCACAUGCCGGUAGAGACGCAGUCCUUACUGGAGCAGCCGUUGCUGCUGGAGCCACUUUAGCUUCUGCAUUAUCAAGCUCCAAACCGCCGAAUACACCUUCAAAGGACGUGCGAUUCAGCUUUGAUCAAGAGCAGCUUGAUAAGGAACGCGAUCGAGCGCGAGAUGAAGGCAGACGCGAAGAGAGGGAGCGUCGACGACAAAAAGAUGAAGAGGCUGACCGUGCCAGAGCUCGGUUGAUUGAAGACGAGCGUCGUCGUGCGGAAGAAGCAGAUUAUGCUCGUGAGCGUCGCCGUGAAGAAGAGGCUCGUGCCUCUGCAGCAAGAAGAGAAGCCGAGAGAAAGGCCGACCUUGAUAAGGAAACUGCUCGACAAGCGUCGCUUGUGCAACAGACUGAAGAGCAUGACCGUCAAGAGCGCGAAUAUGAGCGCCAGAGACGAGAGAGAGAAGCUGCUGAUCGGUUUGCCGCAGAACGAGAGACCGUCUCUCGCGAAGCUUCCGCACAUGAGACUUUGGCCAAAGAAGAAGCUCGUCGGGCUGACCUUGAGCGUCAAGGACGUGAGAAAGCUGACCACGCGGAGGCCGAACGUGAAUUUGAACGUCGCGAGAAUGAGCGGCGUGCCGAUUGGGCCACACCUAUCGCCGCCGGAAUCGCUGGAGCUGCUGCUGUAGCCACAAUCGACUCUGCCGUUGAUUCGCGGGACGAAAAGAAUCAAGACGAAAAACUCGUUAAAGACACCGCCGUUGACUCUCGCUAUGAAGUGUACAGGACGGAAGAAGCUUCUCGCGAUUCCACGACAGUUAAGCCCAGGGUUAUCGAGUCCACGACUACCGCAGGACCGACAGUUCGCGAGAUCAAACCGACGAUCGAUAGUAAAGUUGAGGUUGAUAGUUUUGAUGACGAUGUCAUAUUCGAUCCGGAUUACUUUAAAAAAGCAAGAGACAAACGUCGAGCUGCUGCUGAGAUGGCCCUGGCGGGCAAAGCAGCGGACAAGGUCAUUGCAGACGUGCAAGCCCGGUACGCUGCAGAGCCUGUUGACAACGAGAGCUUCUGGGCGCCUGCUGAGCUCAAGGAUCAUAGCCAUGACCGAAAGUCGAGUGAUCCAAAUGCCGAUGCCGAUGUGGAAGUCCUACGCGCACCUGAGUCUCCCAUAAAGGCGCCACCUUAUGAGCGGCCUUACAGCUUUACAGCCACCAAGGCCUCGAGCUCUAAACUUCCUUGGCCAGUACCUCAGCUUAAGCUUAUCGAACCCACUCCUCCCGCGAGCAGAACUAAUUCUGUCGCCGGGUCCGCACGAGGUUCCACUCCAGCUUCACCUGUCGAAGAACUGGAGAGGAAGGGUGAUGAACCAAUAGGUGAGCAACUCGAACGCACAAGGUCUGCUUCACGAGUUCGUUGGGGUGAAGAUACCACAUUUCACUACGACGAUAGGACACCAGAAUCUAUCCGUGAGAAGUACAUUGACGACGAUGUUGUUACGAAGCCCCAGAGUCAAGCCGAUGAUGAGAUUGUCGUUGAAGAGCAAUCACACGACGGCCAGACAACGAGCUCUAGUUAUAAGCCUGCCAUAGCCGCAACGGUUGCAGCAGCAGCAGCAGCGGGGGCGGCGGCGGCGACGGCAGAUAGCAUAAAAGAAGUCGUGGAGUCACCCGUCGAAGAAAUACCACGGUACUCACCCAUCGAUGGGUCGAUUAUGCAUGAGGAUGGUCCUGUUGUUGAGGCGCAGUCUCCUGAGGUCACGCCUGUAGUGAUAGAGCCGAAUGAGCAUCAUCGCGCGCACAGAGAUUUCUACCAAACCCCCUUCUAUACCUCCGUCUCGGACAUUGCCACGAAUUUUACUCUUAAUGACGAUGCAGAUGAGUUGCCUACCCGUGACCAUGGAUUUGUUGAGGGCGAGGUCUACGACCCGACCCCAACAAAAGAGAAGGAUUUAUCGACUGUUAUGCCAGGUGGCUUCGUCCAGGAUGAAGAAGACCUGCCGUCAACCGGCGAGGCCGCCGAGAGUGCUGAGAAGACAGCACCAGAUGCCAAAGAAAAGGCGCAAAUCGACCCCGUAUUCCAGGGCGAACAAGUCGAAGGCCCGAAACCGGAUCGUGAAGCGGCUGACACUGUGGCAGAAGAUAAGUGGUCCACUAGCAAGAAGUCGAAAAAGAAAAAGAAGAAGUCCAAGAGCCGCGAUUCCAAGGACGAUGAGCUUGAGAGGGAAGCUCGUGAUGUGGAGUCUUCUUCUGUAUCGGUCAUGGCUGCGGGCUUUGCCGGUGUUGCUGCAGCAGCAAUAGCCCGCGAGAAAGAAGCCGAGGAGAUUCGCAGAGAGUAUGAAGAAUACAAAAAGGAGAAAGCGUCGAAUGUGAAUGUCUUUGACUAUCUGGAGGGCACUGACCACAAUGAACUGGGCGAUGAUCGAGAAGGUGAGCGUAAUGGCGUUGAUGAGAAGCAUCCAAUUGUGCCCUCCGGCCAUGAUUCGCAGAACAAAUUUACUCCCGAGCUUACGGAGGAGCCAGAUGCUAUGGAAGCAGAGCCAGAAGAUGAGUGGGACGAUUCAAAGUCUGCAAGUAGCUCACGACGCAGGAAGAAGAAGAAACGAAGCAGUAGACAUGAAGACGAAAUGGAAGCCUCCACAGCGUCAAUCACCAGCGCCAAGACCUCGCGAUCUGACGAUUACUAUGACGAUGAGAAAAAAGCUAAGAAGCGGUCCUCAAAGCGCGAAGAUGAUUACGAGUCUCCCCGCCGAAGUGAUUCUUACGCUACGUCAGAAAUUGGUGAUGAUGAUAGUAAAAGAAAACGACGAUCAAAAAGGGAUAGCGAUAUUAGAGAUGAUGUGUCCGUUGCUUCCACUUCCAGGCUCUACGAUGACGAUCGUGAGCGAAGACGACGUUCAAAGAGAGACAGCGAAAUAUUCGAUGACGUAUCUGUUGCUUCCACCUCCAAACUGCAUGAUGAGAAGCGCAAAUCCAGAGACAAGGACAAGGAAAGAGAUAAAGAAAAGAAAAGUAUAUUCAGUAUCUUCAGCAGUAACAAGGAGAAGGACAAGGAUAGAGACUCCCGCGAUCGUGAGAGCAAGAAGUCACGAUCGUCACGCGAUGACGAUGAGGAAGACCAAGAACGACGGCGGAAGAAGCGAUCCAGCCGGUCUACUGCAGGCUCAGACGAUGAAUAUGAGCGUCGAUCAUCCAGAUCAGAGCGCUCGAACCGCAGCGCCGACGAUGAUGACAGAAGCGAAAAGCGUCGGAGCCGAUCAUCACGAGACUAUCACUCGAUUGCCUCAGAUGAUAUUGGUUACAAGCACGAUGACGAUCAUCCUUACACUCGUUACUCAUCGCAGCCACCGCAAGAUGUUGUCGAAGAAGUGCUUAGCCAUACCGAAGAUAACGAGCUCUCAAGUCGAAGCAAGAAGCAACGUGACAGCAGGGACCAGUCUUUUUUAGGGGUUCGGGCAGAGGAUGAGAGUGCUGUUUCUGCUGCUCCUCUGCCCGCCAGUCCUCUCGGUGACGACACUCCAAUUCCUGAUCUCUCUGCACUGCCGGAGCUUACGGUGCAAACUGCGAGUCCGGAUCUGAACCGAGAAUUGGAGUUGCCAGGUCUGCCGGCGAGCAGGCCGACAAGUCCUUAUAACAUAGGACCUUUUAACGAACUACCCCCGCUUCCGCCAUCUCGUCCUGGGAGCCCCUAUGAGGAAGGGCCAAGAACGCCUCCAAGGCCGAGCCUGGAAAGUUUGAGGGCGGCAAGUAAGACCUCUGUGCCCUUGCGAUUUAGGUAUCCGGGUGGCGCACCUUCGCCAGUGAUGUCACGAGACGCUAAUCUACCUUCUCCUGUGAAUACAGCCUCGCCUUCAACACCUUACUCACCUUUACAUCCUCCAAAGGCUAGGCAUACGAAGAGCCUCUCGGGGGAUUUCAAACAUUAUCGGCCACUAUAUUUGCUCGAAAAGACGCGAAAGGCUCCCGAGAUCGAGGAGGACUUGCCGCCUCUACCAGAAAGCACGAGCACGUCGCGGACCCCUUCCGUACACGAUACCGAUGAAGACAGCUUCCAUUCUGCAGCACAAUCCCCAGAGACCAGCUUCCGUGGAGAUUUUGGUGAGCCGGAGGGUGUUCUUGAAGAUCAGCAACUAAGCAGAGAGCCUGAGGAUCUGCUUGACUCGCAACAGACCACACCGAAAGCUGCUACAUUCCCUGCUGGCGUCAUGGACAUUUCUGUUCGACCUUCUGAUGAGGGUACGACAUUUCCGGUCAACGAUCUCGAUGAAACACCCAAGAAGUCUCAUGAACCUUCAUCGUCUGGAUUGGGCAUUGAAGACAUAGCGACUGGAUUCGCCGUUGGCGCUGCUACUGGGCUUGCCGGCCAUGAAGUAAUAUCUUCUCAGGAUGACGAUAGAAAGAGUAUUGAUAGCUUUAUGGGUGGUGAACCCGACGAAGAGGACGAAGAAUUCAAACGGCAGGUUAAAGAAGCUGCCGAGGAAAAGGCUAAAGCUGAAGCUGAAGCCGACGAGCGUCGUUCUUCGCAACUAAAGAAGGCCUCGAAGAAAGGCAAGAAAGGCAAGCGCGGAACCAAGGCAGACGUUCUCGACAAUGAAACGCCAACGCCGACGGAGAGAGAACUCGGAGAGCGUGAUGCACAAGAUGCCGUCGAUACUUGGUUUGAGAUCCCCACUUCUGGCAACACUGGAAAGGAGGGUAAGAAGGGUAGAGGCCAAAGCUACGACAAGUCGUUGCCCUCUGAAGAAUCAGAAGAAAUGACCUUGCAUACUGAGGCAGCGCAAAAACAGCGUCAAGACCAGACGUCGGUUGAGGUUGUUAGCGAGACCAGUCCCAUUGACAUACCUUCUGCAAUCGAAGAGGUCAAGGAGGAGGAUGCUAAGACUGCGAAGAUCCCAGAAGCUCUUCUUCAGCGUACGCCAAGCAAAAAGGGCAAAAAGAAGACCAAAAAGGGAAGAUCUGGCAGUGCGACUCCUGUGCGUAACGACGAACUGUUGAUUGAAACAACUGCGGAGGCUCCCAUAGUCGCAGAAACUGCAAUAGACGGACAAUCAGCUAAUCCUAGUCCUUCACCUUCAGCUAAGGCUGUUGACAACGGAGAGCCUGCAGAACCAUCGCGAGAGCGUAGACAUGUGACAGAAAAAGAGCUCUCUACAGAGCACGCUCCGACGAGCAUAACUAAUGCAGAAAAGGUUAUUUCGCCCGAGGACAUUACAUCCGCGGGGCCUGAUUCUCAGUCAGAGAGUAUUGUGCAACAGCCUAGUUCUGAUCUCAACGAAGAGAGGGUGGCAUCGUUCUCAACUGAUCCGCAAGACUCUGAGGCAACGCCAGCCGUGAACGUGUUAGAUUCCGCAGACCACUCUGGAUUACCAAGUCUCGUCAAUCCCGAACCCCACGCUGUUGAAGACAAGAAGAUUAUGCCAGAGGAUAGUGCUUCUCAGACUGCUACGCAUACUUCACUUCUCCCAAAAGACGACAUAAACGACAGGUCAGCUCAGAUGACUUUGCCGGACAAGGAUCUAAUGGCCGGGGAAGGGCUUGUGACGGCCUCAGAGACAGCCGACGUCGAUCACACUAAGUAUAUUGAGUCAAGCCCAUCGCCUUUAAAUACUAGCACCAAGAAGGGAAAAGCUCAGAAGGUUCCAAAAAUUGACUUAUGGGGCGUUGUGGCUGCUGGUGUCGCCGGCGCAGCUGUUGGCGCAACUGCACAGCAAUCAUCUGUGAGCAUCUCGCCAAUUGCGGUGAAAGAAGACGGCGCAUUUCACGUCGACAAUCUAGACGAGACGUCCCAAGGAGUGCCCGCUGAGGAUACAGAAUUGUCAAAGCCAUCAGACAAGGUUGCCAGAAAUAUAGACCAAGAUGAAGAACGCAUUGCUGAAAGCGAUUAUUCAUCGGCACAGGUUUCUGCUCCUACCCAAGAUCUUGCAGAGAACCCCUCCGUUGAACCCUCUUGUGAUCACGCACAGUCAACGGAGCACCUUUCGGUAGAAGAAUCAUCCUCUGCCGACAAGGAAUCAUCUGAAACUCAAGGACAGAUCUGUGCAGACCUGCCCGAAGGUGCAAACUCUCGUCUAUCCUCUAGAGGCACGGAACUGGAUGCGACUGGAGAUUCAACUAAUGAAGCUGGCGGGUUUGCUGAACCAAUUGGGAAGAAUAAUAUCGAUGUCCAGUCGUUGUCGCGGUCUGGAAGCAACAAGAAGAAGAAGAAAGGCAAAGGCAAAAAACUCCAAAGCGUUGAUACGUUGACAGAUUACACAGCCGAGUCCUCCACGUCUGCCUCUGUUUCACUUGUCGCAGAUCUUGACUCGGCUGAUGUCCCAGCUAGGAAUGCUCAAACCAGCCAACCUGGGCUGGAUGAGUCUUUGGAACAACAUGUGCUGCAGACAGAUGCUGCUGCUCAACAAGAGCAAUUAGGCGAGCGAUCAGCGAGCCACCGCGCAGAUGUGGAGCCAAAUACACAGGCAGAGACAGGAAUUGGCGACCAAGCGGAGGCCAAUACUGACGAUGAAUUUGCGUUUGUAAAGACAGACAGUAAGAAGAAGGACAAGAAGAAGCGCAAAAAUCGUGGCGUUGCAGACGACUGGCCCGAGCCUGUGGAAGGUUCAACUGAAGACAGCAGCGCAAAUGUAACUCAAGACCCGAAUAUUGAUGAGCCUUUGACCGCCUCCGCUCCCACAAAGGUCAAAGGUAAGGGCCGAAAGAGGUUGCAGAAAUUGGAGCUUCAAGUGCCAUCUCCGGGUGACUCUAGCGCGGUAGACGCAAUUGUGGAAACGUCUGAUGCUGCAGUUCUCACAAGUAAAGAUGAGCGUAAUUUGCAAGAGUCGAUGGAAAAUAUGGAACAAGACAUUCCGCGAAGUCUCGAUGAGCCAGCUACCCGCAGCCACGAAGCAGAAGCUGUUCACGCUGAUGUGCAAACGCAGGAAACCCCUGCCACCAAUGAGGCUGAACCACGUGAGCAGUCUGUGCGGGACACCCCAGACGCCCCAAUGCUCGAGAAACUUGAGUUGUCAACAACAGAUUUGAACGCUGUAGUGGAGCCGCUGGAUGCGCCAAGUUUUUCUAUUGGUAAUAGUGUUGAACGUGCUGGUUCCUGUCAACACGUGGAAUCUCUGACCGAAUUGAGUCAUGAAGGUCAACUAAAAUCGCCGCAAAGUCCGAAUGCUCCCAACGUUGCGGAGUUCUCAUCAUCUCUCCACCAACAUGUCGACAUGCUUCAACCUCGAGGGACGCUUGAGCUUCCACCUGUGGAACCUGAUGAAAAUUUGCCGAAUAUCGAGUCGAGGAAAGCAGCAGAAUCAUUGGACAAACAAUCCCCAACCGAACAUGUCAAUCAGCCUCCAGCCGCUGUUGAAGUUGACGAGGGCGAAGAAAUCGAGAAACCCAUCCCAGAAAGGUCCUUCGAUGAUCAUGAUGAAGCGUUACCAACAACCAGCCAUUUGCUUCUGCCCGCACAAAUCGAAGGAGAGCCAUCGCUUGACGAUUCCACGGCAAAUCCCGCAGCUCCUGAAAAUCAAUCACAGUUACAGGCUGAUACCUCAUUGGAUAUUAAUCUGGAUUCAAAUGAGGCCCACGAGACUAAAGCGGAGGACGAAUGGGCCUUGCCGUCCAAAAAGAGCAAGAAAAAGAAGGGAAAGAAAAGUGGGCAAGCAACCCCCAAAUCUGUUGAUGUUGAGCUGUUAAAACAAAGCGGGGAAAAGGCAUCACUCCAAGAAGAAGUUGAAAAUCUAGCUUCGUCGGAUACACAGCAAAUUACGACUGCACAACAGAGUUCACUUGAGGAGCCUCAAGAGCCAAUUGUGAAAUCCCCACCACCAGACGAUUUUGCUCCAUCUCUUAGCAAGAAGGAGAAGAGGAAGAAAAAGGCGAAGACUUCCAUUACAGACACAUUUGCGUCUGCUGAUAAGCCCGUUACCGAAACGCCGACCUUGCCUCACGAAAAAGAUGAGGUGAUAGCUGCUGAAAUGCCCAGUAUCAAUUUUGACGAUGUUGCUGAAGCUCAAACACAAGAUGCAGCCUCCGAUGAGCAGGUGGCAGAGUUGCCGAAAAAGAGCAAAAAGAAAGCGAAGAAAAAUCAGUUCAUCGGUACCAAAUCUGAUCUUGAAGAGCCAGUCAGCAGGGACGAAUCGUGCAAAGCCACUGAACCGAUAUCAGAAUAUCUUGAAGAUCCCGGACAACUCUACGAGGAACAGCAACCUGACGUGGUUUGUCAAGAUGAGAUUGUGGAAAACACAGCGAAUAUUCCCGAAAGUCACAUGCCUGUAGUAACAUCCGGCAUUGAGCAGCAACUUGACGAGGAUAUCAUCGAGGACAAUGGCCAAAAAGAGCAAGCCAUAAAGACUGUUGAUGCUGAGGAAGAAGACUGGGCAGUCCCAGUCAAGAAGGGCAGGAAGGGCAAGAAAGGGAAAAAGUCAAGUACUACAACUUCGGUCGUACCCGAUGAAGCAUCUGGGGAGCCAUUUGAAGAGCCUGUCUCCGAAACACUCGAUUCAAGUCAAAAGCCAGUUUCUGCUGAGCAAUCGGCCUUUUUGGAAGAGAAAACUGAAGCAGAAAGUCUUAGAGAGAUAGAAAAGCGAUCCACUUUGGAAGGAUGCGAACCAACAGAAGACGUCCCAAAUAACAGCGAUGAGAUCGCUGUUGAGCAUUGCCCUAAAAACGAGAAUGAAGCCUCUCGCGAGGAUGCCAAAGAUGCCCGGGAUAUUGAAGUUUCAGCAGCGGUCGUUCCUGAUACAUCUCGAGAAGUUACAGCAGAAGAUGAGUGGGCAGUACCGGCAAAGAAAGGGAAGAAAGCAAAAAAAGGGAAGAAGUCCAGCCUAUCUACUCCUCUAUCUACAGAAGAGCCAAGCCCACAGCAGAGCCUCGCUCCUGUCCAGACAGCUGAACCAGUGUCAUCUCCCCCUGAGGUAGAGCAGUCGCACGAAAGCGUCAGUGUGAAUGAAGAAUCGGCCAAGAAGCAGGAAGAAGAGAAGCAACAUACCAUCGAAGACAAACUCAUCGAAGUCACGGGUGAUGACGAAUGGUCGAUGCCAGUUAAGAAAGCUAAGAAGGGGAAGAAGGGCAAGAAAAUAGGUUCAGCUACAACGACUCCGGUCGAAGAGCCUGCUGCUGUCAAGAGCGAUCGUGAGAUCGAGUCUCCCUCGAAUGCUGCACAGACUGUCGAAGAUCUUACUGGUGAUCAACCCAUGGAAUUUGACGAUCGAAAUAAGGAAUUAGGGGAAUCUAAGGAUGCAGAACUCGAGCCGGCUGUUCCCGAUAAUGAGAGUGCUAACCCAGGUCCACUCCAAAAACCUAUAAAUGAUGGAUCCAAUGUGCCAAUGGAAGUUGCUGCAGAGGAUGAAUGGGCUGCCCCAGUUUCCAAGAAGGGCAAAAAGAAAGAAAAAAAGCGCAAACAGUCCUCAUCUGCUCUAACAACUGUCUCCGUCUCAACAUCAGAGCCUCAGGACAUCCAAAUGCUUGAUGUGCCGACGCAGCGUGAGCCAUCUUUGGAAUUGGAUCAAGGAACUGAGCUCGAUCCGCAGUUAAGUAGUAGAUCUGCCAUAGAACAAGAUUCUACACUGGAUUCCACUUUGGUCAGACAGCAGCCGAGGACUGACGAUGCUCAGCUUACAUCUGAGCCUGCAGUUGAAGAACAUAAUUCAGAAUCUGAAAAGGCUAUCACAACAGCUGAGGACUGCAACUUGAACGCGGAGGUUGAUGCAACAGCAACUACUGUUCAGGAUAACAAGGAUGCCGACUUCAGACCUGACGACUCCCUUAACGACGUCACUCCGGUAGAUGCAGCAGAUGCCAUGGAUACGGUGCAAAUUGCUGUAAAACAAGAAAUAGAGGCCGAUGGUUUGGGUAUCACAAAACGCAAAGGAAAGAAAGGGAAAAGGUCUAAACAACACUCAGUCACCGAAGCGGGCGAGUCAGCUAAGCCAUCUCUCUUGGAGACGCAGAUCCAAUCAGAGAAGAGUGCUGAAGAUACAGCGCAAACUGCGGACCAAGGUUCACCUGACCCGAUCACAGAUGUCCAUGUCGAGGCAAUGGAGGACAUCGGACAGGCCGACAACGCCGGAGGCUUCGGCGCAGCUCAGGAAGCACAGGACUCCUCGCGAAAUACGCAACGAAUUUCGAGGCCUUCAACUCCCGAGCCUACUCAGUCUAUGACUGAUCGUCCAGCUAGUUCUGUUACCGAUGCAAAAUCACCUGACGAUCCUCGUCUUGUUGCGACCAUCCAGAACGAUGCUAUUCUGCUUGUCGAACAGCAGACUCCAGAGGAAGAUCAAAAUGAGCUAUCCAUGACUGCCACCACAAAUGAAAAUGAAGAUGGCAAACUCCUCGCAACAUCUAACGACCUAUCCGUUGUACAACUAGAACCUUCACCUGAAUCUUCUGCCCAGAAGCGAGCAGACAUCGUCUCCAGCGCAAUUAGUCUUGAAGAAAAAACGACACCAGAGGAUGAUGCCCCACCCAUCUCCGAUGUUCAACCUCACAUUCCAGAAUCCUCAGUCAAUGCUGAACCUGAAGCAGAUGACAUGUGGGAUACACAGAUGACGACCAAAAAGAAAGCCAAAAAAGAAAAACGUCGUUCUCUUACGGUGGCUCUUGAGACAAACGAGUUGCCCGCCGAAACAUGGGAUCUCACAAAUACCGUUCGUGAGGAGGAAAUGGGGGGCUCGACACAAUCGAAAAAGAAAGGAAAGAAGCAGAAGAAGGCCAAGUCAGCUGCUGUCGAAGAGCAUUUGGCAGACACAGAAAAAUCAGCAGAUGCAACUCCAACCUUGGAUGAAGAAAACGAUCUGACCGCACAAGCUGAUCCUACCUCGGUUGGUGAACUUCCUGGACAGAGCGCAGAUCCUCUGCAUAUCGAUGAUGUGACAAACGUUGAAGUUGUUGAUUCCGUUACACUGGAAUCAAUGUCGCCGGAUAACACGACCUCGAACGGAGGCGAAAUGGGUCAAGUUACGCAAGAAAGCCAAGGCGACGCUUCAUUGCAAGCGACUCCAAACGAAGAUGAUUCUGCUAGGCCACCUGUCAAAAAAGGAAAGAAAAAUAGAAAGGGAAAGAAGAGCAGUGAUCGAACAUCUGGUUCAGAAUCCCAGACGUCUAAUGUGCUCGAUCAAGACUUAGAGAGGUCAGUUGAUUCUGCAAUGCCGUCUACUGACCUUCGAGCUGCAAACUCCACCGCUGCAGAAAUUUCUGCUAUGCUGAUGGAUGAUGAAAAUUCCCGAUCCAUCAGCGCAGUCGCUAAUGCGGGCGAGCCUGCCGAUGGUCUCACGAAUGACACUGUUGAAGAAGCUACUAGUUCAACCAAAAAAGAUGCAACAGUUACGAACCCUCCGCAUGCAGAAACCCAGGAUGGAGCUCUUGAGCCCACUGUAGUGGAAAACUUGGAAGAAAAUAUGCCAAUUGAGACGACAACUGUUUCUCCCAUUACCGAGUCUGACACCAUCAAAGUGGACACCUCAUCUUCUAUUGAUAAUGAUUCAGUGCCUAUAAAACUAAGCCAAAAAGAUAAGCGCAAAGCGAAGAAGGCUAAACAAGCUAAAGAGAGCACUGAAGAUACCACGUCGCCCGAUUCAAUCGUCAAUGAACCUGCUGUUGCUGCUCAAGACUUCGCAAUGCCGAACUCCGUGGAAAUUCCACACGUCUCUCAAUCCGAGUCAACUCCUGUGACGGCAUCCCAAGACGACAGUAUGUUACAAGCUUCGGCGCCAGAUGUCUUUGAGUCCCCUCAGCCACUUCACACGUCUGCGGAGCCUGAGCCUGAGGAAGAAUUUCCCAUUUCAAGAAAAAAGAAAGAGAAGAAAAGAAAAGCCAAAAAAGUUGAAGACGAGGAGAUUCCUAGCCACCCAAGUCCCUCAGAUCAAGAAAUGAAAAGAGCAUCAACAGGAGACAAUGCUAUCGAUGACACCACGAAACAGCUACUUGGGUCGAACAAUUCAAGUGCACAAGGUUCUUUAAUGGAAACAGACCUAGGAUCCACGGAGUUCGAAGUUAAGAAUUCGAAGAGGGACAAGAAGAAUAAGAAAGCAAAGAAAGCGAAGAGGGACGCAGAUGCUGCAGUUUCUUCGAAGGAGGAUUCGGCUAUGGCGAAAGAAAACGACUUUGAAGACAAUCAAGCCGAAUCGAAGCAAAGCGACGAUGGCGGGAGUGUGGCGCCAAUAAACAGUAUGCCCGAUAACCAAGUUUCAUCAAUAAUUGAGCAGGAAGCCAACAUGGGCAUCGAAACCAGCGAUCAAGUCAUGAAUAUUCGCAAUAUCCCCGUCGACGAUAUUGAGACUUCUCAUGUGCAGUCAUCAUCUCCUGGCAUUGAAUUUGCAGCAUCGAUAGCAGCAGGUCUUGUACAAUCUGGAUUUGACCCGGAUCUUGCAACAAGUGACCCAUCUUUGAUGGAACAGCGUGCGCAUUCCCAUAUACUUGAAGAGCCAAAAUUUGACGAACUUCCUAUGCAAGCACACGGAGGCAGCCGUCGAUCAUCAAGAAGGAACUCCAGGACACAAAGUCAAACCUCGCCUGUCGAGCCCUCAACAAUUGCACUUCCGGAGGAUGCUUCCAGUCAUAAGCUUCCAACCACUGAUGACAAGGAAUUUGUGGAAAUCCUUACUGCUGGUCUGCAAGGGUCCGGGUUUGAUCCAGGUAUAGUACAACGCGAUGAUACAUACUCUCAACGGGCCUUGCAAUCACCACAGAGCCUCAGUGAAGAAGAAGUUGAGGGGUUUUCCGAGAAACAUAAACAAGCUAAGCGUGGGAAAAAGGCGCGCAAGCAAAGUAGUGUCGUAAACCAAGGUGUCUUAGCUGCGUUGGACAAAGUGCAAACUGUCGAAAAUGCGACGCAGGACGAGGUGGCCACAGCAUCAGCUGCUAACAAUCAGUCUGAAAACUCCGCUACGACAAAUGCAGUAACAUCAGAUGAAAAUACGCCUUUACCUCAUGGCUGGUUUUCUGCCACAGACUCCAAUAGCGGAAAGACUUACUACUACACAGCUUCGAAUGAAGUGACAUGGAGCCGACCUUCUAUUGACCAUGAGGCAUCAAUCAUAACGUCGGUUACACCAAAAGAUGAAGCACCUCAGCCAGAAGCGGAUGAUCAGAGUCGUCCAUUCGAGCCACCAGAUACAGAGUCCUCUAAAGAGACGGCUGAAAAAUUGGACAAUAUACAGCACGCUUCAGAUGCUGAAAUUGGCGGGCCACAUAAUCUAGACUCCGUCCAGGUAGUAGAAGAGGAAUUGGCUUUACCCAAGAAGAAGCCGAAGAAAAAGAAAGGCAAGAAAGGAACCACAUCCUCUGCUUCAAAUGACAUAGUUGAAAGCAGUCUAGCUGCAGGUGUAACCGAGCAAACCCCCGGCGCAGCUCUUGCAGCGGGAGUUGGCCUAGUGGCUACGGCCAUCGCCACAGCUGCAGGGUCGAGUUCCCAGUCUGAGAGCCUCAACGAAUCUCAAACUGAUAAAGAGGAGAAAUCGUUGAGCGAAGAAAUUAAGGCAGAGACAACAGGACGCAAUCUCCCGGAAAGCGUUAAAACCUCAAGCUCCAACGUCAGUCGCGUGGCAAGUAUGUUUCCUGGCUUGGAACGUGUUAAACGCAAGGUACCGCCUCGACAAGACUCAAUAGUCGAGCAACCAAUGAAGAAGCUAGAGGUUGGGUCGGGCAUGAAUGCAUUCGAGAGAAUCACUUCGCCACGUCCAUCUCUCGACCUGGAUCGUGAUGUUGAGAUGACUGAGGGGCCGAACGAAGAGUCUGAAUCCCGUCUGCCCGAGGACGCUUCCGGCGUAAAGAAUCAAGUCUCAGCACAAGAUUUUGCACAGUCUUCUUGGUCAUUUCCAAUGAAUCCCGAUAGCGGUAUAAUUGUUCCGGCAUCGCCAAAGUCCUUGACUAGCCAGCGCACCUCUGAAGCUUUAAAGAAGGAUAGCAGUCACCACGAUACACCUGCAUCCUUGCAGUUGGCAAGGGAAGAAGGCCUUUUGAGCCCGACACAAGAUCGAGAGCGCGAACUGAACUUUUCUGAUGAACUCAAAAGAGGAAGAACAGCCUCUCACGGAUCAAGCAAGUCGCCCAUUAAAGUUCGUGUUGAGGUUUCGCCUGAAUGGGGGGUAGCUGUCAGCCAGGGCUCACCAGAAAAAAUUCUUUCUCCACGGCAAUCUGUUGAGAUAGUAGAUAACACGCCAGGUUCGAAUCUGGAGACAGGAGAUACAGAAUGCUCGUUACCAGACACUUCAAUAUUAGCUUCACCGCCUGCCGUGGAGUCAACCUCGAAAGAUCGGGCGUCGAAUCUGCUGUUCCAGUCUUCACCUUCUACACGCGAGCCACCCAGCAGUAGCGCCAAGAAGUCCAUUGAUGGGCAUAUUUCCUCACCAAGCUUUACGACAAGUGACAGGAGUCGAGCAUCUUUAGAGGAUGAUGAGAUGCAAGCUGAACCAACUGCAGGUUCAAGGGGCGAAAGAAAUCAGAGUCAAAAUUCAGUCUCCGAGUCCCUCCCUUCAGCGACAGAAAAGACGACACCAGUCACGACACCAGCACAUCAUACUCGCGCUUCAAGCGCCGGUCUUCAAACGAUAAUGGAAUCAAGCCCUGGGUCCCCAGAUUCGCCGCUGGUGAGGAAGACUCGUUCCCAUGGUCUUCGCCAUGAGCCGAGCUCAAGAAACCUUCGGCGGUCUGCAACGCCUGAGAAGCUUAAGAUUUCACCUCGACAAGAACUCCAUAUAGAUACACACGUUUCGCCUAAGCGCGUCAAAUCCGCUGGUGGAAUGAGUUCAAUUGGGGAUCUCAUAGAUCGCCGUCCUUGGCCUCCAGCAGAUGAAUACAAUGGGACGAUGGAUAGUAACAGGAUUAUCCAUGGCGAUCCUGCAAAACGGGUUCGAAGUGCCGACCAUGCGCACACUUCAACUGGUCUUCACGAUUCGCGCAAAUUAUCCCCGCUGAGCGAUGGUCAGCCGACCAGUAUUGAUCGAAUCUCAUCAGCCUAUAGCCACCGAAGUUUGGAUAGCGGUCGUCCUCACAGCCCAAACAUUUCGAGGCCGUUAAGUGCUAUGAGUACCGCCAGCGCUCGUUCUGACAGAUCUUUGCGGCGCACAGACAGAAGCGUGUCAAGUGACCUUCGAGGCCACGCUAAACGCCAAGAAGCUAACGUGGGCGCUAAAAUUUCGGACUCUACACCUCAACUCAUCGCAGGCGCUGCGGGAGCAGCUCUCGUAUCAACUCUCAUCAAAGCUAAAGACAAGUCAAGAGGGGUCGGCAUGGAGGGAGAAUUGGAGGGCUAUGGACACGCCCCAGCAUCCCCCAUGUCGCCAACGCGUCCUCCUAGCGUGCGCAAACGACAAAGUAUGCAAAUCAUCGACCUACAAUCCCGUGUUGAUCAGGUGGUCGCCGAAAAUCGUGCUCUUCAAGAGGCCAAGCAAAAAGCAGAACAAGCUCUCCAAGAAGCGAUCUCUGUACGAGAUAGCCAUGCAAGCACAAUUCAACAAGCAACCGAGGCCGUUGCCUCACGUGAUCUCAUAAUCCAGGAAAAGGACAUGCAAAUUUCUCAACUCUCGGCAACACUGGCUCAAGUUCAGGAAGAGAUAGCUCGCAUCGCCCAAGAGAAUGCGCAGCUGUCAUCGCAGCACCAAGAGCUUUCUGCCAAUGCGAAUUCGCGUGUCGUAAGCCUGGAGACGGAGAACACGCAUGCGCACGCACAAUGGCAAGCAACGUCUCGCGAACUCGAAGCUCUACGAGCCAAACAUCAAACUCUGAAUGAAGGCAUCAAUGAAAUCGUUCAGGACGGGAUCUCUGCUGCGUUGGUUGAGAAGGACGCACAGAUCGAACAGCUGCAGCAAGAGCUUGCCAGCAAGGUCGAAGAAAUCAAAUCCCUGCAGGCGCAGUUGCUUAAUGCAAGCCAAACGGAGACGUUUCUGAAUGUCAGAAAUGAGGACUAUUUCGACAGUGCGUGCCAGCAGCUAUGCCAACAUGUACAACAAUGGGUGCUACGAUUCUCAAAGUUUUCAGAUAACAAGAUGUGCAAGCUCUCAUCUGAUAUCAGCGAUGAGAAAUUGCGAGACAGGUUGGAUGACGCCAUUCUGGAUGGAUCGGAUGUAGACGUUCUAUUGGCGGACAGGGUUAAGAGAAGAGACGUAUUCAUGUCGGUGGUGAUGUCUAUGAUUUGGGAGUAUGUUUUCACAAGAUAUCUUUUUGGGAUGGAUCGAGAUCAAAGGAAGAAGCUCAAGACUCUGGAGGAGACUCUUAGUCAAGUUGGUCCGCAACGAGCCGUGGCUCAAUGGCGUGCCAUCACUCUCACUCUCCUUUCGCGGAGGGAAGCGUUCAUUUCUCAGCGCAAACAAGAUACUGAAGCCGUAGCCCAGGAGAUUUUCGUCAAUCUAUCUCAGCUCUUGCCACCGCCGUCGAAUCUCGUUGCUCAGAUUCAAGAGUCGCUUCGCAAGGUCCUAACGCUCGCGGUUGAUCUUGCCAUCGAAAUGCGAACUCAGCGUGCUGAAUACAUCAUGCUUCCACCACUCAAACCGGAAUACGACACCAACGGCGAUCUUGUGCAAAAGGUCACCUUCAACGCUGCCCUUAUGAACGAGCGGAGCGGCGAAUUCACGUCAAACGAAGAACUGGAGGAGCGUGGGGCCAUUGUCAAGCUCGUGCUUUUCCCGCUUGUCGUCAAAAAGGGCGACGAUCUGGGCGAUGGUGAGGAUGAGAUUGUCGUUUGUCCUGCUCAGGUUCUCGUAGCGAAGCCUGCCAACCCCAACAAGAAAGUUGUGCGCGUCAUGAGCGGGGCGAUGGAAAUCGACAACCCUAGAGAGUCGUUGGCAUCCUUUGCUCCAACGGAUUCAAACAUGUUUUGAGCUUAGUUUUUUUGGUUUUUUUUUUAAAAAAUUCUUUUAAUUCGCACGGGAAGUCGGAAAGGGUUUCUGGUACAUGCGGAGAUGGCGUAACCGGUUGAAUUGACAGUCUGCAUUGGAUAGGCGUUGAGGAUAUCUGAUCUCAUAACCAGAGGAGCUUAUGACGCAGACACGAAUUUUGCUUCUUGUUUCCAGACCAUAGACGCCAAGUUGUAUUACAGAAAGCUCUUAAUUCAAAAUGUACUAUUUAAGGCACAAUCAAG